UCCGAAAAACUGUCGCCAGAUGACGGAUGCGAAGAGAAAAAUAAAGAGUGUGAUUACUCUACCUGGAACCCUAAUCUCUCGUUCGAUAGGCAGAUCCGGGAGAUAAAAAAGGGUAGCGAUGGUUUCGUUCCUAAAUCGAGCAGUCGCCAUUUGAUGAGUCCAAUUUCGAUUUAAUUGACCGACGGGCUACCGAUUUCGCCGAUCACUUUAUCAGCGAUUGUCGUCUUGAUCCAUCUGGUCACGGUUUGGAACAAUUUUUUAGCAGUCUACUUUGUGACUGGGGUUGAAAUCAGCGGGGAAUCAUCAAAUGGCGAGGAAGAUGCUGAUAGAUGGAGAGCUUGGCCAGACCGCAACGGACGAGAAACAGUAUGAUUUCGACCUCUUUGUUAUCGGCGCUGGGAGCGGUGGUGUCCGCGCUUCUCGAACUUCCGCUGCCUUUGGAGCCAAGGUUGCCAUCUGCGAGCUUCCAUUUCAUCCCGUCAGUUCGGAAGUCAUUGGAGGAGUUGGUGGAACGUGUGUUAUACGUGGAUGUGUUCCUAAAAAGAUAUUGGUUUAUGCUGCACAAUUUAGAGGUGAAUUUGAG